UUGACGCCGAAGCGGAAGCUGUGGAGAUUUCCAGAAAGACCGAACAACACACGGGUAGCUUUGGUCGCAGUGAAUUUCGGCAAUCUGUGGGAUUCUCCACCCAAAGUGAGAAGUAUCGGCGUCUUUUCAUUUUUUUUUUUUUUGGCAUUGUUUUAACCUGUUUCCGGGGUUUUUGUGUGUUUCCAAGUUUGUUUUUACAAGCGAGACCGCUGCAAUGACGACCAUAGAUUACAGCGUGUGGGACCAUAUCGAGGUGUCAGACGAUGAGGACGACACUCAUCCAAACAUUGAUACCCCCAGCCUUUUCAGAUGGAGACAUCAGGCCCGCGUGGACAGGAUGGAGCAGUUCGAGAAGCAAGGGGCCGAUCUGGAGAAGAGCCAGGCGGAGUGUCGGCGCAAGCUGGCGGAUGUACAGAAGCGGGUAAAGGAGCUGGGGAGUGCGGGCACGGACGACGCCAAGGCGGAGCUGAGCCGGGCGAAGGAGGAAGAGAAGCAGUUGAAGAAGGAGGAGCGCAGCUGGGAGAAGAAGCUCGAGGAGCACCGUCGCGAGGAGAAGAAGAUGCCCUGGAACGUGGACACACUGUGCAAGGAGGGCUUCAGCAAGAGUGUAGUGAAUAUAAAGCCAGAUCUGAAAGAGGAGACUGAGGAGGAGAAGGAACAGAAGCACAAGACCUUUGUUGAGAAGUAUGAUAAACAGAUCAAACACUUUGGGAUGCUGAGGCGCUGGGACGACAGCCAGAAGUACCUAUCGGACAACCCCCACCUGGUGUGUGAGGAGACCGCCAACUACUUGGUCAUCAUGUGCAUCGACCUGGAGGUGGCGGAGAAACACGCGCUGAUGGAGCAGGUUGCACAUCAGACCAUAGUCAUGCAGUUUAUCCUGGAGCUGGCCAAGAGCCUGAAGGUGGAUCCCAGAGGCUGCUUCCGCCAGUUCUUUUCCAAGAUUAAGACUGCAGACCAGCAGUACCAGGACGCGUUUAACGAUGAGCUGGAGUCCUUUAAGGAGCGUGUGCGGGGCCGGGCCAAGGUGCGCAUUGAGAAGGCCAUGCAGGAGUACGAGGAGCAGGAGAAGCAGAAGCGCCUGGGCCCUGGAGGUCUGGACCCUGUGGACGUCUACGAGACUCUGCCUGCGGAGCUGCAGAAGUGUUUCGAUGAGAAGGACAUUCAGAUGCUGCAGGAUGCCAUCAGCAAAAUGGACCCUACGGAGGCUAAGAUCCACAUGCAGAAGUGCAUUGAUUCGGGGCUGUGGGUGCCCAACUCGCGGACCGAGGAGGCUGGCGACAAAGAGGAGGAGGAGGCGGAGCCCGAGAAGGAGUGACACAGCCCUUGGGACAGACAGCUUUACUGCCCCACCCGCGCCCUCUAUUAUCAUCCUCUCCUUUUACCCCAAUACCCCCCCCCCCCCCCCCCCAGCAACCAAAACCAUUCUCACAUUCACUUUACUACUGUCCAUUUACUGUCCAUUUACUACUGUCAGUUCCCCCGUCAUCCUCACCUACCCCCUCCCCAGCUGACUACUGUCUGUCAGACCAGCGGAAGUGGUGUAGGAAUGCUGUGGUUAUGAUGUCACAAACUGGGGAAAGAGCUCCACCAGUCGCAGAGUGUAACGGAUGUGGCCAAUAGAGCAGGCCUGCACUUCCUGGAUCCCUGUGGGAAUUGGCCAGAAAGUAUCCACCGAUCAGAAAAGGCAUUGUUCUGCCGGUUGUUACCAAAGUAUUGUGUGAUGGGCGGAGCUCCUUUCUGUUUUUGUGACGUCACAACCAACUCUGCCCUCUUAUUCUUGGGACAGGCCAGGUCAGGAUCGCUAUGGCAACAGCAGCAGAUUUUUCACUCUCCAUCCACUCGCUCACUCAGGCGCGUGUGUACGUACCGCACGGUAGUUUUCUUUUUGUUAGUCCUCCCCCGUGCUCUUUCUGGGGAUGUCAGACUCUUCAGGUGCGCUUGUUGACGCGUGGCCGUUCGAACAGUCAUUUCUUGCCGACACAAUGGUUUUUAUGUGGUUGUUAUUACAAUAGAAUUAUAAUAAACGACAAAGACUGCGAUGAAAUAAAAUGAAUGACAAGGAAUGAUGUGCGUCUGGUUUGUGAACGGUUGGCAAACCUUUAGCAAACGCGUCCAGACGCACGCUCGUGAGAAAACUGCAGACCACGCCCGUUUGUGUCCCCGCACUCUUGUCUUUUUGGGUUCUUCCUUCACUGCUUCACUGCCCCGCCUGUGUGUGUCUGAAUACUGAUGAAGGUAAAUUAGAGAUGUGUUUUCUGUACAGAUGGCUCUCCGUACAGGCAGUCGUUACCUUUGUUCUGACCAUGGAGCUGGAGUGGGGAUGACUGGGGACUCUCUCUCUCUCUCUCAACCCGCCCAACCCUUUCUGUCUCUCUCUCCUCUUCUCUCUCCCUCCCCAAACCCUCAGUAAGUGUCCACUUCCCCUCCCCAAACCCUCAGUAGGUGGCCACUUCUCCCUUCCUCCCCAAACCUUACCUAAAUGUCCACUUCUCCCUUCCUCCCCAAACCCUCAGUAAAUGUCCUCUUCCCCUCCCCAAACCCUCAGUAAGUGGCCACUUCUCCCUUCCUCCCCAAACCCUCAGUAAGUGUCCUCUUCCCCUCCCCAAACCCUCAGUAAGUGGCCACUUCUCCCUUCCUCCCCAAACCCUCAGUAAGUGUCCUCUUCCCCUCCCCAAACCCUCAGUAAGUGGCCACUUCUCCCUCCCCAAACCCUCAGUAAGUGUCCUCUUCCCCUCCCCAAACCCUCAGUAAGUGGCCACUUCUCCCUCCCUCCCCAAACCCUCAGUCAGUGUCCACUUCCCCUCCCCAAACCCUCAGUAGGUGGCCACUUCUCCCUUCCUCCCCAAACCCUCAGUAAGUGUCCACUUCCCCUCCCCAAACCCUCAGUAGGUGGCCACUUCUCCCUUCCUCCCUAAACCUUACGUAAAUGUCCACUUCUCCCUUCCUCCCCAAACCCUCAGUAAGUGUCCUCUUCCCCUCCCCAAACCCUCAGUAAGUGGCCACUUCUCCCUCCCCAAACCCUCAGUAAGUGUCCACUUCUCCCUCCCCAAACCCUCAGUAAGUGUCCUCUUCCCCUCCCCAAACCCUCAGUCAGUGUCCAGUGGAAGCCCGGCUCUGUGUGCAGUUGUGUUAGAGCUAAGCGAGGGCCUGUUAAAUGAUGAGGUCACUGCAGCAGUUUUGGGACAUCUUUUAGUUGGCGGCGCACAGCCGACUUUCAGAACGACCGCUCUGUGUUCUCCCGGAUUUAGCGGCCAAUAAAAUGUUGUUUUGAUGUAAA